GGCCGCGUUCUUUCCCAGCCUCCUGCCCCUCACGGCCCGCAACAAUGGCUGUGAGGUGGGAGUGGGCGUCACAAUGGGCGAGAAAAUGUGGGCAGAGGCAGAAAGAUGGGCGCCCUGUCCACGGCGGCAGCAGGCGGCGCUCCGGGGAAGCGCAAGAAGUUUGCCGCCCGCGAUCCCGGACUAUGGUUGGCGGUGGCUUUCGCUCUGGGCCAGUGGACGCGGAUGGCAUCUUGUUCUUCAACAGUCGAUAGCACAACUGAUGAAGAAGGUUCCUCACCAACAGAACUCAUUGUGGGGAUUGGGGCAGAUGCAAAGCUUCCAUGCACAUUCAGGUCAUCAGAGGAAAUCACCAGUGCAACAUCUGUUACGUGGAGCUUUCAACCAGAGGGAUCAAAGGCUCGUCCCAUACCAUUUUUCUAUUACUCAAAUGGGAGGGAAUAUAAUGGAAAGAAUACACAAUUCAAUGGCCGAAGUACCUGGGAUGGAGAUUUUUAUAGAAAGGAUGCAUCCAUCAAGGUAGGAAACAUGCAACCUAUAGACAAUGGCACUUACUUCUGUGAUGUUAAGAACCCACCAGACAUAGUCACUGAGCCAGAGCAAGUUGAAGUUAGAGUUUUGGAGAUAGAGAAAAUAUUGGGCCCUGGAAGAGCAGCACCAACCCUUGCAAGUACCACAGCGGCAACGGCAACGGCAACCACAGCCUCUGGAAACAUUUCACUUAAUGGAGUAUCAUUUUGGCUACUUGUCCUUCAAUUCUGCUGCAUUCUAGCAUCUUUUCAAAGCUAUUUGUUCUGAAAAUAAAGUACACUUCUUAAGAUUA